AGAGAGAGAGACAUCACGAAGUUGGGCUGGGUCUGAUUGCUCCACAGAGCAGGAAAAGCCUCAGUCUGUCUUCAUGCUGCAGCGAUAAACUUGGACUCUUUUACCCUCUCUCCCCAUUUUUGUUUGCACAAAAGGAGGCUCAUGUCUUGGAUAUAGACAUGAUGAGCUUUGUGCAUUCCAGGAUCUUCUUAUUUCUGGCUUUAUCACUGGCACAAGUACUGUUUGUGAAAUGCCAAGACGGAAACAGUGGAGAUGACCUCAGCUGCUUCGAGGAUGGGCAGAUCUACACCAACCGAGACGUGUGGAAACCUGAGCCAUGCCGGAUCUGUGUGUGCGACAGUGGCACCAUCCUGUGCGAUGACGUGCAGUGUGAUGAGGUGAUCAAUUGUGAGAAGGUCAUCAUUCCUGAAGGUGAAUGCUGCCCAGUGUGCCAGAGCACCACUCCGGACAGAGAUGGCGGCGGUGGCGGCGGCGGUGGCCAAAACAACAGAGUCUAUAAGGGUCAGAAGGGUGAACCUGGAGAUGUGCCAAUUAUAACGGGACUUCCAGGACGACCAGGACCAAUGGGACCACCAGGCGCCCCAGGAUUUAGGGGAGAUCCGGGACCCAAGGGAAGACCUGGUGCAAGAGGUCCAGCUGGAUACGAUGGAGAGCCUGGCAUUCCUGGACAACCAGGAGAAUCCGGACCACCAGGCCAUCCUCCUGGAGGCCAGCUGUCCUCUCAGAUGGCAGAAGGAUUUGGAGGUGAAAAAGCAGCAGGCCAGCAUGCCAUGAUUCCUGGACAAAGGGGGGAGGCAGGUACAAGAGGACCACCUGGGCCCAAUGGUCUACCAGGGCCCCCAGGACCUCAGGGACCCCCUGGUGAACCUGGAGAAACAGGACAAUUGGGUCCUGGUGGUCAGAGGGGACCCGAAGGUCUUCCAGGAAAGGCUGGGGACGAUGGAGAACCAGGGACAUCAGGAAGUACAGGAGAGACAGGAUUCCCAGGAUCUGCGGGAGCGAGAGGUUUUCCUGGGACACCAGGUCCUCCAGGUCUGAAGGGUCACAGAGGACACCAAGGUCCAGAAGGUCUAAAGGGAGAACGUGGAGCAGUUGGAUCAAAGGGUGAAUCUGGCGGAACAGGUCCAAUGGGCGCUCCCGGCCCCAUGGGUCCAAGGGGAAUGCCAGGAGAGAGAGGACGCCCAGGUCCAAGUGGUGCACCUGGUAUGCGUGGUGCUCAAGGAAAUGUUGGGAAACCAGGCCCAAUGGGUCCUUUGGGACUUAGCGGAUCUCCAGGCUAUCCAGGAGCACCAGGUAUGAAGGGUCAACCAGGACCUACAGGAGUUAGAGGCCCUGAAGGACCACAGGGAUCAAGAGGAGAGACCGGUGCACAAGGCAGACCUGGACCAAUUGGCUUACAAGGCCCAUUGGGUACAGAUGGAGGUCCAGGCACCAAAGGCCCAGUGGGAACUGUUGGACCACAGGGGCCUGUUGGUUUGCCCGGUCCACCUGGUCCUCCAGGACCUCAGGGAAGCACUGGACAGCCUGGUAUCAAAGGCCAAGGUGGAGACGUUGGUGUUCCUGGAUUUAAAGGAGAAGCUGGACCUAAAGGAGAACAAGGUCCUUCAGGAGCACAGGGAGUGAUUGGGCCUCAAGGAGAAGAGGGAAAGCGAGGGCUUAGAGGAGAUCCUGGAUCUGUAGGUCCACCUGGGCCUGUUGGUGAGAGAGGGUCUCCUGGAAAUCGUGGUUUUCCUGGUCAAGACGGAUUACAAGGAGCCAAAGGUGCAGUAGGUGAGCGUGGAAUAGCAGGAGUUCCUGGGCCCAAAGGUUCUACUGGAGAUCCAGGUAGAACAGGUGAACCAGGCCUCCCAGGUGCAAGGGGUUUGACUGGAACUCCUGGAGUUCAGGGUGCUGAGGGAAAGCCAGGACCUCUAGGUCCAACAGGUGAAGAUGGACGCCCAGGGCCUCCAGGAUCUAUUGGAACCAAAGGUCCAGAAGGAUCGAUGGGACUCCCAGGCCCCAGAGGCUUCAGUGGGGAUCCAGGUAAACCAGGUGAACAAGGCUCACCAGGACCUCCAGGGCAGCGAGGUCUACCUGGAAAGGAAGGAGAGGUUGGGCCACUUGGUCCCACUGGUCCUCCAGGACCAGCAGGUGACAGAGGAGAACAGGGACCCCCUGGAAUGCAUGGCUUCCAGGGACUGCCUGGGCCAGCAGGCCCAGUUGGAGAGGGAGGGAAACCAGGUGAUCAGGGAAUUCCUGGUGAGGGAGGCCCUGUGGGACCACUUGGACCAAGGGGAGAGCGUGGAACUCCAGGAGAGAGAGGGGAGCUUGGGCUUCCUGGAUUGCAAGGACCCAAGGGUAUCCCUGGAGCACCAGGACCAGAUGGGCCAAAGGGAAGUCCCGGGCCUGCUGGUACUGUUGGUGAUCUGGGUCCUCCAGGUCUUCAAGGAAUGCCUGGAGAAAGGGGAAUCUCUGGCCCUCCAGGUCCUAAGGGUGAUCGAGGUUCAGUAGGAGAGAAAGGUUCAGAGGGUACUCCUGGAAACGAUGGCGCAAGAGGCUUGCCAGGACCACUUGGACCUCCAGGACCUCCUGGCCCGAGUGGUGAAAAGGGAGAACCUGGCCCUAAAGGACCACCUGGGCCUUAUGGAUCAAGAGCAAUGCCGGGAUCUCGUGGUGAGCCCGGGCCUACGGGUCCUGUAGGCUUUCCUGGACCACCUGGUCCUGAUGGUCAGCCGGGAGUGAAAGGAGAACCAGGCGAGCCAGGCCAAAAAGGAGAUGCUGGAUCUCCUGGACAUCAGGGGUUGUCUGGACCUCCAGGCCCUGUAGGUCCAAUUGGUGUGGCUGGACCAAAGGGUGGUAGAGGGACACAAGGAGCUCCUGGACCAACUGGAUUUCCCGGAUCUCCUGGAAAAGUCGGUCCACCAGGUCCAACAGGUUCUCUUGGUCAGCCUGGUCCUAUUGGUCCUCCUGGAAAAGAGGGUCCACCUGGACUUCGUGGAGAUCAUGGACCACCAGGACGCCAAGGAGAAAGAGGCCAACCUGGGCCUGCUGGAAGCCCUGGAGACAAGGGGGACCCUGGAGAGGAUGGACCCACUGGUCCUGAUGGUCCACCAGGUCCUGCUGGAACAACAGGACAAAGAGGAAUUGUUGGUCUUCCUGGACAGAGAGGAGAGCGUGGAAUGUUAGGGCUACCUGGGCCAGCUGGUCCUCCAGGUAAAUCAGGAACUCCGGGAUCUCCAGGAGACAAAGGACCUCCUGGGCCAGUUGGACCACCAGGUGCUAACGGACCUCGUGGUGAUCCUGGUCCUGAUGGACCUGCUGGAGCUGAUGGUCCACCAGGAAAGGAAGGUGUCAUAGGUGAACGGGGUGACCGUGGUGAUUCAGGACCAGAGGGACUGAGUGGGCCAAGGGGAGCUCCUGGUCCCCCUGGCCCUGUCGGUGCUACUGGAGGCCCUGGAAAGAGAGGAGAUGUGGGUUCAAGAGGACCUGUUGGACCUCCAGGUCCAGCUGGAAAGAGAGGACUCCCGGGACCUCAAGGACCAAGAGGAGAUAAAGGAGAGUUCGGUGAUCAUGGAGAAAGAGGACAGAAGGGACAUAGAGGAUACACAGGUCUUCAGGGGCUUCCUGGAUCACCUGGUACCACUGGUGACCAAGGACCACCUGGAAUUGUCGGGCCAAGUGGUCAACGAGGACCUCCUGGACCAAUAGGACCACAAGGUAAAGAAGGAUACAUUGGACAGCCUGGACCAAUGGGACCACCUGGAUCAAGAGGAAUAAGUGGAGACAUUGGACCAGAGGGACCUCCUGGAGAGCCAGGUCCUCCAGGUCCACCUGGAUCCCCUGGACCACCAAUUGCUGCCAUGGAGGAUAUGUUUGGAGGCCCUCAGGAUUAUGAUGCUGGUCCUCCUCCUCCUGAAUUCCCAGAAGAUGAGGCUCUGCCCAAAUCGAAUUCAACAGACAUGUUCCAAGCCGACCCAGGAGUCCAGGCCACCCUCAAGGCUCUCAGCAGCCAAAUCGAGAGUAUGCGCAGCCCUGAUGGUAGUAAGAAACACCCUGCUCGCACUUGUGAGGACCUUAAGCAGUGCUAUCCGCUGAAAAAGAGUGGUGAAUACUGGGUGGAUCCAAACCAAGGAAGUUCAGAGGACGCCAUUAAGGUAUACUGUAAUAUGGAGACUGGAGAAACAUGCAUCUCAGCCGAACCUUCCAGCAUACCUCGCAAAUCAUGGUGGAGUACUCCAGGAAACAAACCAGUGUGGUUUGGAACCAUGAGUGGUGGAACUUAUUUCACUUAUGGAAACAAAGACCAGCCAGCUAACUCAGUCACUGUCCAGAUGACCUUCAUUCGGCUGCUUUCCAAGGAAGCUUCACAGACCAUCACGUACCACUGCAAGAACACCGUGGGCUACAAAGAUGAAGCAACUGGCAACCUGAAGAAAGCAGUCAUUCUCAAGGCCUCCAAUGACUUAGAGCUCAAAGCUGAGGGAAAUAAUCGUUUCAGAUACACUGUGCUGGAGGACAGCUGCUCUCAAGCAAAGAAUAACUGGGGAAAGACUGUUUUUGAGUACAGGACACAGAAAACAGCGAGGUUACCUAUCGUGGAUCUUGCCACUGUGGACGUUGGUCGUCCGGAUCAGGAGUUUGGCAUCGAUAUUGGGCCUGUUUGCUUUUUGUAAAAAAGAAAAAAAAAAAAAAAAGUAAAUAAAUAAUAGAGCAAAGAUGCAUUGAAGAGAAUCCUGAGACUCUUGAACUGACUGCUGACAAGCUCAGCCUUGUACAUAACGUACUGUGGACUGUUCCGGCCCUGUAGCAGGAUAUUUAUUGUGCCUUUCCAAUAACUGGCCCUUAUUAGUAAGUUUUUAAUUAAACUAUUAAACCAGGAAAUUGCAUUUGUUUGGCUCUAUUUGGCUUGACUGAGAUAGAUUAGUGAACUCCAGUCCAUCAACUGCUGUUUGAGACUGUGACAUCCAUUCCAGCAAUUUGAAAGGCUAGACCAGUUUAGAAAUGAAACACAUUUAAAUAUUUUUGUGAUACUUUUUUUUUUCUACUUUUGUUUUUAAACAAAUCACAUGGUGCUAUAGAGGAAAAUGUGUUUUGGUGAAAUGCUUUAUGGCAUUAUGAGUGGUUUCUCCUGAAAACUGUUCCUAAAACUGAUAUCUCUAUUCUGUUACAUUUGCAUUGUAUGACGUUUGAAUGCAAUUGAAUAUUAAAUACUGAAUACAUCGA